AUGGGGAAGAAAAAGAGGCCCAAUGAUGCCCCUGAUGCUGGGGCGACAGGGCCCACAUUGCUCAUGGGACGCAGGGCAAGACUUUCCGAUCCACUUGCAAACCGGUCCAUUUACAAACCGGGCAUGGGGGAGAAACAGAGGCCCAAUGAUGCUCCUGAUGCAGGGGCGACAGGGCCCACAUUGCUCAUGGGACGCACGCGAAGACUUUCCGACGCAUUUGCAAACCGGGCAUGGGGAAGAAACAGAGGCCCAAUGAUGCCCAAUGAUGCCCCUGACAUUGCUCAUGGAACGCACGGCAAGUCUUUCCGAUCCAUUUGCAAACAGGGCAUGGAGAAGAAACAGAGGCCCAAUGAUGCUCCUGAUGCUGGGGCGACAGGGCCCACAUUGCUCAUGGGGCGCACGGCAAGACUUUCCGACGCAUUUGCAAACCGGGCAUGGGGAAGAAACAGAGGCCCAAUGAUGCCCCUGAUGCUGGGGCGACCGGGCCCGCAUUGCUCAUGGGACGCAGGGCAAGACUUUCCGAUCCAUUUGCAAACCGGGCAUGGGGAAGAAACAGAGGCCCAAUGA